AUGAACAAUUUUGUGUCAAUCCAGACCUCCUCAUCCUUUACAUCCGCAUCUCUUAUAGCGCUAAAGGUCUUCAGGUACCUUGAAAUUGACAAUUGCAGCUUUAAUUAUAAUAUCGCUGACACUGGCAUUGUGAGCAUAGCUUCUAAAGGACUGAGCUUUAAGACUGAUAUUAAUAAAAAUAAAGAGCUUAUUGACCUACUGCUCAAUCAUGUGUAUAUACAUGAUUCUAAAUUUACGAAAAAUUAUGGAAAAAAUUAUGGGAUUCUUUCGGCAAGCUACCAAGGGGAGCUCCAAAAUAUUAAGUUGGAAAAUUUGGUUGUGGAUUCGAAUGGUGUCCAGAGUGGACCAUUGAUUUAUGUGAAAAAUAAUGAAAUUAAACAGGAAUAUUUAGUAGAUAUUACGAAGCCAGUUACAUUGCCAUCAGGGCAGAGUACUGCAGCUGUUUAUAAAGCGAGGUGGUUCUCGGCAAACUAUAUUGAGUUCACAAAUAAUUAUCAAGGAGGAGCAGGGGUGCUAGAUGUCAUUAAUUUGGUUAAUUUGGAAAUAAAUGACAUUUUAAUAGACUCCAAUGGAGCUCCUGCCUCAGAAGGGAAAUCAGUGAACUCCGUCAUACUUGGCUAUUGAAUUGAUAGCCCUGAUAUCUACAUUAAAUCAAACUAUACCGAAGCCAAAACAAUUGACUGCAUUUCUAUGGCUUAUCUCUCUGGCAUAGUCAACGCUUCUAUUUUCAACAUUAAUCUAACAAAUAACUACUGCGAAGAAAACUCACCAUCUUUUUGGGUCUCCAAAGUAAAAAACUGAGGCAUUUCUUAUCUAAACUGCACAGGAAACCAAGGCUCAGGUGGCAAUCCCCUCUGCAUUAAUGUAGAGGGGAAUAUGAAGCUGACAGUCUCGAAUUCUGUUUUUUACGAUAACAUAAACCAUUUAUCGUCAGGAGUCGGAGCGAUCGGUACCACAAUUGACCUUUUGAACCUUACAGUCGAAAAUUGCAUUUUUAAAUCAAAUAGUGCUGGGUAUGGUGGAGCUUUAUUAUUCCAAGAACAAUACCUCAAUUUGUCAAAUCUGCUAUUUGAGGCAAAUGAUUCCCCUACUCAGUUUGGAGGGGCUGUUUAUGUUUAUCCACAGUUAAUUACAAAUAAAAGCGGAAUUUAUAUACAAGACUGCAAUUUUAUUAAGAAUAAAACAUAUAUAUAAAAAUGGCGAUAGCGUGCCACCCAACCUCUCAACCCUAUUCGUCAACACCUGCAGGCAACUGCCCAGUAGAGGCGAUUUAGGUGGAAAGGGGUUGGUAACCCUUUAUGUAAAUCGGAUUAGGUUUUACUUGGGCCCUAGGAACUAAUCCGUGGGACUCAGGCUUUUACCUCCAGAAUAACCAUUUGAGAUGACAAGACCGGCGACAGUCCCGAAAGAAGCCAAUUCCCUUGAACAGAAUUUAAGAGUGGCAUUUGUCUAAUGAGAAACUGGGCGUUUCGACCCAGAUGGUUGGCCCUUAGGCUCCAGGAGCCAUGAAUGUCAAGACUGUCCACCAGGUACCGUGGGCGCGAUGAUUGUGCAGGGGUGGAAAUCCUCGGCCCUACUAGGCGAAUGGCUUUAAUUAACAUUAAAAUUAAUAUUAAGAAUAAAGCCCUUAGCUCUGGAGGAGCUAUAUAUAUAGAAGAAGCCAAUUUGGGCUCGUCAAAAAUAGAUUUUCAGAUGGCAAAUUGUCUGUUUGACGGAAACAGUGCUAGUAGUGGCGCUGCAAUUUUUAUUGAAAAAACAGCGGCACUGUCCCAGAGUUCAACUGUUUCGAAAUCAAAAUUCAUUAAUAAUGCAGCCUCUGCACUUGGAGUUUUUUCAGCUUUACAUUAUAACGGAAUCCUCACGAUCUCUGAUUCUGAGUUUUCUAAGAACUCUGCCAAGCUAGGAGCAGCUAUUUAUAUCAAUACAAAUGCAGACAGCGAUUCAGUGAGAUCACAAACUAUUGUAAAAUUGUGCAAGAUAACUGAAAACUCAGGUGAUUCAAUUGCCUGUAUGGACGAUCUCAGUCAAUUUUCUUAUUUAGAAACGUAUGAAUGCAUUUUUGACUCAAACUCAGGGACUGCUGUAGCACUAAAUUAUGAUCACUGGGUUGAUUCUGGGUCUGUUUUUAGGUAUAACUCUGCAAUCAAGAGAGGGGGUGCAGUAAACAUGCAGAACGAAGCACUUGGAGAGUCAAAAAACGCCUUAUUUUUUAACAAUACAAAUAGAGGGACUGGGGGAACGGUUACUAUUAGCAGCCAAUCUAUUUUUAAAUGCAAAACUUGUAAUUUCACCAAUAAUUAUGCAGGCAACUCUGGUGGGGUCUUUUUUGUCGAGCAGAACUCUUAUUUUGCCAUACAAAACUCAAUUAUAACCAAAAUUCCUGCAUGAAUAAAGGCUCUGUCAUGUAUCUGCUUGGGACCUCUUCAGCGCCUUCUUAUAUAA